AUGGAUGAGAAAGAAUCUCCACAAACGAUACUUCAAUUCGCUCCAUUGAACAGCUCCGUCGACGAGGGUUUCUGGCACAGCUUUUCCUCUUUGAAACUCGACAAACUCGGAAUCGACGAUUCUCCGAUUUCCAUCACCGGUUUCUACGCACCAUGUUCGCAUCCACAAGUCUCAAAUCAUCUGACUCUGCUUUCAGAGUCAUUGCCAUCAGAUGACUCUAUUCAUGGAAACAGGAACAAGUGCCCUGUUCCUGGGAUUCUGUAUAACACCAACACCGUCGAAAGCUUCAAUAAGCUUGACAAACAAAGUUUGUUAAAAGCAGAAGCAAACAAGAUUUGGGAGGAUAUUCAAUCAGGAAAAGCUCUCGAGGACUGUGCUUUGUUAUCAAGAUUCCUCGUUAUCUCCUUCGCAGACCUUAAAAAAUGGAGCUUUCGUUAUUGGUUUGCGUUCCCUGCGCUUGUUCUUGAUCCUCCUGCAAGUUUGAUAGAGUUAAAGCCAGCUUCAGAGUAUUUUAGCACUGAAGAAGCCGAAUCAGUAUCCGCUGCUUGUAAUGAUUGGCGAGACUCAAGUGCAACCACAGAUGUUCCGUUCUUCUUGGUGUCGAUUUCGUCUGAUUCAAAAGCUACUAUCAGACAUCUUAAAGACUUUGAAUCUCGCCAAGGUGAUGAUCAAAAGUUGCUUUUCGGUUUCUAUGAUCCUUGUCACCUUCCGAGUAAUCCCGGUUGGCCACUUCGGAAUUACUUGGCACUUAUUCGCUCAAGAUGGAACCUCGAGAGCGUUUGCUUCUUCUGCUACAGAGAGAGUCGCGGUUUCGCUGACCUGAACCUUUCCUUAGUUGGUCAAGCCUCACUCACACUUUCAUCAGACGGAUCAGCUGAGACUGUACCUAACUCUGUUGGAUGGGAGCUUAACAAAGGCAAACGAGUUCCACGAUCCAUUAGCCUUGCUAAUUCCAUGGAUCCAACAAGGUUAGCUGUUUCCGCUUGUGAUUUAAACUUAAAGCUAAUGAGAUGGAGAGCGUUACCAUCUCUUGACUUAAACGUCUUGUCCUCUGUCAAAUGCCUUCUUCUUGGAGCUGGUACAUUAGGUUGCCAAGUUGCUCGUACUCUUAUGGGUUGGGGAAUCCGCAAUAUCACCUUUGUUGACUACGGCAGAGUAGCCAUGUCUAAUCCAGUCAGGCAGUCUCUAUACACGUUUGAAGACUGUGCAGGCCGUGGCGAGUUUAAAGCUGUUGCCGCUGUGAAAAGCCUCAACCAGAUAUUCCCAGCUGUGGAAUCUAGUGGAGUUGUUAUGGCUAUACCGAUGCCAGGGCAUCCGAUCUCUAGCCAAGAAGAAGAAUCUGUUCUCGGCGACUGCAACCGCCUCCGCGAUUUGGUUGAAUCUCAUGACGCCGUGUUCUUGUUAACCGAUACUAGAGAAAGCCGGUGGCUACCUUCUCUUCUCUGUGCUAAUGCCAAUAAGGUCGCUAUAAAUGCUGCUUUAGGCUUCGAUAGCUACAUGGUCAUGCGUCAUGGAGCUGGCCCUACCUCCCUUUCCGAUGACAUGAACAAGAAAGAUGGACAGAGGCUUGGUUGUUAUUUCUGCAACGACGUGGUUGCACCACAAGAUUCAAUGACUGAUCGAACACUGGACCAGCAAUGCACUGUUACACGCCCCGGUCUAGCUCCUAUCGCAGGAGCUCUCGCCGUUGAGCUCUUAGUCGGAGUCCUACAACACCCACUUGGUAUCUAUGCGAAAGGAGACAAUUCUAGCUCGAGUAAUGAUGAUGGUUCGCCUCUCGGGAUCUUACCUCAUCAGAUUAGAGGAUCGAUUUCUCAGUUCUCGCAGAUGACGCUGCUAGGGCAAGCUUCCAAUAGCUGUACAGCUUGUUCUGAAACCGUGGUAUCGGAGUAUCGAGAGAGAGGAAACAGUUUCAUACUUGAAGUUAUUAACCAUCCUACAUACCUGGAAGAUCUUACCGGUUUAACUGAGCUUAAGAAAGCUGCGAAUUCGUUUAACCUCGACUGGGAAGAUGAUGAUGAUAUUGAUGAUGACGAUGUAGCUGUAGAUCUGUAA